AUGGCAGAGGCGAUGUUGCCACCAGCGCCUCCGGCCCCCAAUCCGCAGUCACCUCGGGUUCGGGCGGCGAUGCGGGUGAUGGGCAUCAUCCCCACCGAACUAGACAAGAAGGAAGAGCUAGAUUACGACGGCAACCAGAACAAACAUCUGCUGUUUGAGAAGAAGCGGCGCACAUUGAUCGGGCAUGUGUCGAUGUUGGCGGCAAGAGGACCGCAGGGUGGCGACGGCCAUGAACUUGGAAGGUCGGCAGGUGAUUUGAACGCUUCUUUUCUGGAGGAAGUCUUGCGUAAGGAGAAGGAGAGUAUGGAGGUCAUGGCACGAAUGGCGAAGAAAGACAUUCAGAAGACCGUCAUAAAGGAGCUCGAGAGUCGACUGGAGUUCGAAAAAGGAAAAAAGAAGCAGGAGGAGAACGUGAAGCGCAUGAAAGAGCUGAAGAAGGAGAGGGACGAUAAGCUCAGAGCGAUGCAGAAGGAGGCCGAGAAGAGAAGGGAAAAGUCCAAGGAGGCUCGGGACCGUGCCGACCGGCAACUGCAAGCACAUUGCGAAGAGCUUCGGCAAGAGCUGAAAGAGGCUGAUGAUCGAGUGGCAAAAUGCCUUGCCGACAUUCGCCAGGCACACGACGAUUCCAUCGAGUCCAAACAGGUGAAGGGCAUCGAAGCCCGGAAGCAGAAGGCCGCAUUCGAAGACAUGUUGCUGCGCAAGCGCGAGGACAUGCACGACGAAAUAGAGGAGAAACACUUGAGGAAACGCCAGUUGCUUGAAGAGCUGUUGGGCCAGAGGGUCUCCAACAAGGAGGCAAUGCUCCACAAAGAGAUGCAGUGUCGGCAACGAGUGGCCGAGUACCUCGCGAAGCAGCAGGCAGAGAACGAAAAGAAAUAUGGCGAAGCUCUUGAACGGCAUAGCAAGGCGGAAGACUUCCGAAAUGAUCGGCUGAAGGAUAGACUGAAAGAGUUCAAGACAACGAAUAGCAAGAAGCGGCAGGCGUUUGUCUCCAGGUAUGAGAGGCUGCUGGCCGAGAAGGAAAAGGAACAUGAAGAAUUCAGAAGAAACUGGGAGUCCAGGAGCCUGCAGCGCUCGGCCUCGGAGACGCUUCGGCGAAAGGAACGGCCGGAACUCCUCCGAGCCCGCGAGGAUGCCGAGCAUUUCGCAGCGCUGGCGGCCGAGAAUCGGGAGCGCCUGCGGAGGGCCAAUGCUUUUGCCGUGGACCAGCAGAUCGAGAAGCUCCUCGCUAUCCGACAGAGGGCACAGGUCCUGGAGGACAGCAAGGUGGAUGCCGAUCGGCGACGCAUGGUUGUUCUGCGGAACACGGCUGUCACAAAGCAUGAGUUGCAGAGCAAGGUUGAUCGCUUCAAGGACGUAGGGGUCGAGAAGAUGAUCAAGCUGCUGGAGGACGUCGAGAUUGAACCCGAGGCGGCGAAGAGGAUCAACGACAUCCUCUCAGAGCUCCAGUUGCCCCCACUGGGUGGCUAUUCACAAGAGGAUGAGAAGUAG